AAACGGCCGGUCACUAGUGUGUGUAACACCCGGUGUUUGAGUUGUGUGAUGGAGUUUCGCUGACAGACAGGCAGAGAGACAGACAGGCAGAGAGACAGACAGACAGACAGACAGACAGAGAGAGCCGCUGUGUGUUUGUAUUCAGUGUGUUUGUCUCCUACCGGAGCUUUACCGGGAGCAACAUGGCGGACAACAUCAUCAUCAGGGUACAAUCCCCAGAUGGGAUGAAGAAAAUCCCUUCAACCAAGAGGGAGACAGCUGCUGCUUUUUUAAAGAAGGUAGCCAAAGAGUUUGGGUUCAAUUCCAAUGGGUUUUCUGUUUACCUGAACCGCAACAAGACCGGAGAGAUCCUCUCCCAGAACAAAACUCUGAGCCUGCUUAAGAUCAAGCAUGGCGACAUGCUGUAUCUGUUCCCGUCGGGAGCUCCUUCCUCCUCUGGGGAGGUGAUGGACACGGCCACCCCGCACUCAUCUUCAUCGCUACCAUCCAUCUCAACCUCCUCAUCCUCUUCUUCGUCCUCCAUGAUCCCCCGGUCCUUCUCGGCACCCCAGGUCCAGGAGGAUGAGAUCGAUCAGUAUCUGGCCAAACAAGACGGCAAGAUCUACAGGAACAAAGAUCCCCAGCUAUGUCGCCAUGGUGCCCUUGGAAAAUGUGUGCACUGUGUACCGUUAGAGCCUUUUGACGAAGACUACCUGAAUCACCUCGACCCACCAGUGAAGCACAUGUCAUUCCACGCAUACAUUCGCAAACUGACCGGUGGAGCUGAUAAAGGAAAGUUUGCAGCUUUGGAGAACAUCAGCUGUAAGAUCAAGUCGGGCUGCGAGGGCCACCCUCCCUGGCCGGAGGGGAUCUGCACCAAGUGCCAGCCCAGCGCCAUCACAUUAAACAGACAGAAAUACAGACACGUGGACAACAUCAUGUUUGAGAACCACACCAUUGCCGACCGCUUCCUGGACUUCUGGAGGAAGACGGGCAGUCAGAGGAUGGGAUACUUGUAUGGAAAGUUCACCGAGCAUAAAGACAUCCCGCUGGGCAUCAGAGCUGAGGUGGCUGCCAUCUACGAGCCACCGCAGAAUGCUACUCAGAACAGCCUGGAACUGGUGGACGAUCCUAAAGCUGCAGCUGUGGACGAAAUCGCUGCCAAACUGGGCCUCUGCAAGGUGGGCUGGAUCUUCACCGACCUGCUCUCCGAGGAUACGAGGAUAGGCACCGUCCGCUACUCGAGAAACAAGGACUCGUACUACCUGAGCGCGGAGGAGUGCAUCACAGCGGGAUACUUCCAGAAUCACCAUUCAAACCCUUGCAGACUCUCUCGAGACGGCCAUUUUGGCUCAAAAUUUGUGACCGUGGUGGCGACAGGUGGUCCAGAUAACCAGGUGCACUUUGAAGGAUAUCAGGUGUCCAAUCAGUGCAUGGCUUUGGUGAGAGACGAGUGCCUACUGCCCUGCAAAGACGCUCCUGAGCUGGGCUUCGCUAAAGAGUCCAGCCCUGAGCAGUACGUACCAGACGUCUUCUACAAGGACAAAGACAAAUUUGGAAAUGAUGUGACGUUUCUAGCCCGGCCUCUCCCUGUGGAGUACCUCAUCAUAGAUAUAACUACCACUUUUCCAAAGGACCCCCAGUACACCUUCUGCUCCACACAACGCUUCCCCAUUGAGAACCGGGAUAUUCUGGGAGAGAUACAAAAUUUCCACAGUUUAGCAACAUACCUGUCCCAGUGCACCUCCACAGCGUUCCUGGACAUCGUGUCGGACUUUCAUCUGCUCCUCUUCCUCGUCACCAAUGAAGUCAUGCCUCUGAGAGACAGCAUCGGGUUGCUACUGGAUGCAGUGAGGACUUCUAAUGAGGACCUGGCACAGACCUGGAAGAAGUCGGAGCAGUGGGCCACCAUCGAGCAGCUGUGCAGUACGGUUGGCGGGCAGCCCUCCAGCUCUCUGGGUUACGGGGCCAUGGGCGGCCCAUCAGUCCCCGCCUCCUCCUCAGCCAUGUGGUCCUGCCUCCACUGCACCUUCAUGAACCAGCCUGGCACAGAGCACUGUGAAAUGUGCAGCCUGCCCCGCAGUUAAAAGCCCCCCACCCGCCCUGCCUCCAUGCCCUGCCCUGCCCUGAUCUCAUCCCGCCCAGCCCUCCUCUUAACUCGCCAAUGACAUCACUGCACCAGGACCAGCUGCGAGACUUUGGAUGCCCUUUUUCGUUUUCUUUCGCCCCCCCCCCCGCCUCGCGGGCUGCUGUGACGUGCGAAAGGGAUUCACUCGUUUACAUCGAAUUCAAUGAGUAGGAUAAAACCAGACUGUGUUUUCUUUCUGUAUCCCUCCUCACAGCGGCUCUCGUGAGUGGCGGGGGUUCGUUUAAGGUAAAGCACUUUUGGCUGAGGCCCCUUUCCCUCGAAUAAUGCCCCCCCUCCCUCCUCUCAAAUAAAUCCUGCUGUGACUCAGGACAACAGCAAAGACUCGAGUGUUUGGAUGUUCUCUCACAUCAGUGCCCCUCUCACUCUCACAACGUCUUCUGGAAAAUCUUGCUGUGUAUAAAUACAUUUGAGGAAUGAUACUGUUAUUUAAUUAAGCUUCUUCUUUUCUUUUUUUUUUUAUCUGAUUGUAGCGAUACUUCAAGGUUUUGAAUCUUCAGCGUGGAUUCUACUCAGUCAGGUGUUUAUAGGUCUUGGUCUCUUCGACAAGCCCCUUAAAGUACAAUCAUUGGUCAAAGCUCAGACCUGAAAACUCUUUAGAGCUCCAGAGUAAUUCCACUUAAGUAGAGUUUAUAUUUUCAGUAUUAAAUUACUUUAAAAAUAAGUCCCGGAUAUGAAAAGGCAUACUCAAACAGCUCUUCAACUCAUUCUCCACUGACUGUGGUAACGUGCUGUUGGUGAUUACUAACUCCGGGACUGAUGUCCCAACAACUUAAAAUGGCUCCUAAAGAUUUAUUCACUGCUUUGUUGGAACUGUAGCUUUCGGUUUUGGUGGAUUGAACUCGAGCAGGCUUAAUAUGUAGCUUAUUUUAUCAGCUGUGUGUUCUGUUUCUGAUAAAAACGCCAUCCACCGUCCUCCUCCUCGUCACUGACUCGCACUGUAUUAGCCGUGAGGUGCUUCUAGAAACAACUGGUGCUCGCCACUCUCCUCUCCGUCACUCCCCCCGUCUGUGGUUCUCCUGUUCGAGUCAGACCAUAACCGAUGUUCCUCCGCUGAUGGGGGGGGGGCCUCUCCGGGUCUUCCCAUCACUCAGCCUUCAAAAGACUUUGCUGCUCAGAAUGCGAAAGGGUUGGAGGGAUGGGGGUCGCAGGUCAGCACGGGGGAGAGAAUAAAAAAGAUGAUUCGCUGGACGUUGAUCAGAGUGGAAGAAAACUUCCCCUCGUCUGUGUUUGGGUUUUUGCACGUGAAAUAUUCCCUGUAUUUUUCAAGCAGAAGCCCCCGAACGGCGUUCAGAUUGAUGCUCGCUCCGUUGCAGAGCUCCGGUUGGCGGCGGCGUGGACGCGACCGAGCCUGAAAGCAACGUGAAAAAGCACUUAUCUCCUCCUCCAUAGCACUAAAAAGGCGAACUUUUUCUCACUUACCUCUAGUUGUAUUUAGCUUUACCAGAAGUGAAUGCGUCUCUGAGGAAUUUAUUCGGUGCUAGCAGACUGAACAUGUGACAUUUAGAGAUUCAACUGUCAAACCUGGACACAUACAAACACUAAACACUCUCCAUAUAUAGAUGCAGCUAGUGGUAAGUGAAUUCUGAAUAUUUGUGAAUUAACCCUUUAACACAUUGCAGUCAGUAGCGGGCAUAUUGGGAGAGCUGGUUAGAACUGGUUCUGAUAUUGGGACCAAAACAAAGCACAUUGCGUUCGGUGCCGUCGCCUGUCGUCCAGAUGGAAAUGUGUCCACAUAGAAAAGCCUGACAGCGUCUCAAAUAUGAAAAGCUACGUGUGUGUGACAAAAAUGAUCUCACAUGACUUCAUUGCAUUUGUACGGAAGAGGAUUAGGGCCAAAUGUAAACAUUUUGUUCUGAGUUUGGAGUUUAAAGUAAAAAAAAAAAAAAAAAAAGAAUUCUGACUUUAAACUCAAAGAAAACGUUCACAUUUGGCCCUAAUCCUCUUCCGUACAUUUGCAAUUUUUUAAAAAUUGGAGAUUUAAUUAGAAAUCUGAGGCUAUGAAAGGUAACAAACAACACAUUUCACGUAUUGACAGCUUCUGAAUAAUCCUAAUUUCUAUAACAAUCCUGAUCAAUGAACAGAAUCUCUUUGAACCCUCCGUACGUCGGCCGCUGACUGACAACAAUCUCAAACUUUUUAUCACCACAACUCGUGUUUAGUUUUUUCCCCCCUCACACCUUUUGUCCACUACAACAUGAAAACAUUUUGAUUUAAUUUUUUUGCUCAACGGAAAACUCGAGCGAAUCGCUGAAUCCUGUCGGGUUUCGUUGGGGUUGUCGUCAGGGGAAACGGGGCCUCCUCAGAGUCGCGGGCUGCAGAUUUGCUGUUUAUGAGACGUGUGCUUCUUCGUAAGAGCUUGACGUUAAUUCCAUGGAUGAAGUGAGAAUAUAUUUUUAGUUGUAGAUGAAUUUGAAAAUGCUUGUAAAACAAAAAAAGUAACUUUUUUCUGUUUGCCCCCCGCCCCACCUUGUGUGAAUUCUCAAGAGCGAUUGAUCUGAUGUCAUGCUGACCGACGGCAGUGACCUUUUCCUUUUGUAUUGAUCCGGGGGCCGUUUGCUGAGCAAGCAUGCUCUUGGAGUUACAGCCAGUCCUCACUUUCCACUGAGCUAACUGAGGACCCCCAAAGUUGUUUGCUGUUGACCUGGAUUUGAAACAAAAUAAUAAAAAAACACAAAAAACAACAAAGAAUUCCUUUUGCACACAAUGAUGUCUUUGAUUUGUUGUUGGUUGUCUGGUGAGAUUAAAUCAGAGCAGAGUGGUUCAGAGUCUAAAUGAAGAGUUUUCAGAUUAUUUUGAGUUCGGACACCCCAUCACGGUUGUUUUAGGGUUAUUUUUAAAAGAAACCUCUUAUUACCAAUGAAGGGAAAUCUUAACGGUCACAUAUUUUACACUUUAAAAACCAUAAAAAAGUAUAUUUGUGCUUUUAAGUACAAUGAAAAUCAAUAGUUUUACAUCUCCUCUCUCUGGAGCUCUAGCAAGAACAGCUUGUUUAUUGUUGUGUUUUAUGUCAUUAAUAUUAACCAGAGUCUCUCCUGAUUGGCUGACUGCACAGAAGUCCUGAAGGCUUGUUUAAAGGCGCAAUUCUCUGCCAUGUAAUGAAAAAAACACUUAUUACAGAACAACACACGUAUUAAAGGAAACUGUCUUCACUAUUAUAAUAUACUAUAAUUUGUUGUUGAGUUUGUUGUUUUCUUGUUCAGAAAAAUUUAGAUUUUUAGAAACAACAAUCUGCAUAAAGCUAGAAAAUUUAAUGAACAGUUGCUUUCAAAAUUGAGUUUUCUCAACCGAUUUCUUUUGCUGUGCAAAUAAUGAAGUUAGAAAGUAAAUCAUAUCAACAACAGAUUACAGGUCGGCAAAUUUAAAAACUUGAAAGUGAAAAAUAGUCCAGACAGUUGCCUCAACCUUUACAGCGUGUGGAUUGAGCGUUUUUAAACUUUACACACAGUAUUUAUAUUUAUUUAUCUAUAUAAAUAUCUGUUUUAUAAUCAAAAAGAAACCUAACUUUCUACAAUAUAAAACCUUUAAUUCUGCUUCAUACAGUGAUAUCAGCACACUGUCAACAACCGUUAUUGCCCGACUGAUAUCGAGGUUUUGAGGCUGAAACUGAUUUCAAUAUUUGUGAGCGUUAUAUAUUUAACACAAACAACCUUCUCUUCCCUGGAGUAGGUUUUGUUUAAGAGCUGGUCCCAGGAUUCACACCACUGUAAGUCUCUGAGGGAUGAAGGAUGGUGACAUUUUAAAGUUCCUCAUUAUCGGCAGACACACUGAUGAAGAUGUAUCUGCAAUAACCUGAUAUUCUCUGAUAUAUUGGUCAGGAUCUAAUGACGAAGCUCUCUUCCACAAAGCCAGGACCAUAAGCAACCGGCUGUGACUCAGGAGGUAGAGCACUAAUCAGAAGGUUGGUGGUUCGAUCCCCGCCCACUGCAAGUUGAAGUGUCCUUGAGCAAGAAAUCUGCCAUGAGGCCCAGCAACCCCUCAUCUUCCUCACAUUGUGAAACAAUAUUUAAAAACAUGGGAUUAAUUACUUUCCAAUAAUGUGGAGGAUCAGACUGCUGCAGUGUUAUUCAGUCUAAACUCUCCAUAUUCGCUCAUUUUCUCUUUAAUUCUACUAAAUCACAUCCUGAUUCAUUCAUUGUUUUAAAUUCAGCUCAGUGUAAAGACAUGGUCCCGGAGCAGGUAGAGUCCGGUGUGAGUGAGACCCUGGCCCGGCUGCUCUGGGCUGCAGAUGGACGACAGAUGAAGAGCAGGAAUGUGUAAGUUGGACGUAAAACAUCAAACACCUCUGCAGAAAGUCCCAGAGGACUGAGAUCACAUUGCAGUGUCUACACUUCAUAUACAUUUUCAUUUUGUUUCCUCCUCUCCUGUUCUGGAUCAUUAAAUACGAGAAUGUCGGAAACUUUCAUCCUGAGUGUUGACAGGAGUUAUUACUGUAACUCUAGUGCUGUGUGCUCUCACUAGUUAAGAAUGGACUGUUUGAUAGAAAACAGAAAAGUCUCUGCAGGUCGGUGCUCGACUUUGAAGUGAAGGCAUGAUAUAUGACGCUCAGGCUUGUGAGGGUGGAGCCCCCCCCCCCCCCUGCACACACAUAAUACACUGUUCAAAAGAAAAAGCUUCAUUUGCCUUUGGACCGUCACUGCAGAUGCAGGUUUAAGGAUGAAGGCAGCUGGAGUUCUGUUCAUCUUAUCGGUGACUCUGAGUGCUGCUCAGAAACAGAAACUAGCCCAGAGAGCAGAGUGGGAUUACAGGAAUGAAGCAGAGCGAGUGAACACCAGAGGAUGUGCCAACCUCACGCUGGUGUUAGACAACUGGAAAUACGCCAUCAUGACGCAGGUCAAAGAUCUGCUGCUGCAUGACCACAACACCGUGCUUCCUGACUAUGGAAGGAUCCAGCCGCUGUCCGACGCGCUGGGAGAUCUCUACAAGGAGUUCAACACCCUGAAAGAGCGUCUCGCCGAGCUGACCACCAAGUUUGACGGCGUGGAGGCCUUCGUGGACGACGUGCGAUUGGGAAGGAAGCCAGCCCCGCCCCGAGGUGAACCCCGACCCCCGGGGUCGCUGCCAGGAGAGACGGAGGCUGAUGCAGGAGGUCGACCUCAAGGACGGAGAACCAGGGUCGUAGUUCGGAGAGUCAAGAAACCUGCUGGUUCACAGGACUGAUGACGGAGCUUGAGACAGAAUUAUGAUCCUGUUAUGACUCAUUAUAAUCUCUGAGUUCAGUUCAUCUGUUUUCUGCUUCCAUCAACAGUCUCAGACAUUUUUAUAAAAGUUAUCUACUGCAGCUUUAAUUGUCACAAAUAAUAAAAUGUCAUUGUUGCUGAACCCAAAAAGGUUUAAUUUAUUUAUUCAUUCUUUUCUCAUCUUAAUGCAUCUCUAAAACAUCAUACAUGUUUGUCUUCUUGUACUGUAAUGUGAUUAAAGUACUGAACCCUAUUUACACACAGCUGUAUUCUUUUUCCACCACUAGGUGGCCCCCCAGCAUCAGGACCAUAUUUACCCUUGAUGGACAGGAGUGUAUUCUGGUUCACACACUCAUAUAUUUAAAUCUGUGUAUGGAAAACAAUCAUUGUAAAACUUUAUCAUUCAUCUUAGCAGUCUUGUAAUAAAAAUAAUAUUUUGUUUUGGA